AUGGUUGCCUCAUCUACCGCCUCCAACCUCGAGCGCGAGGAUCACCAGCGCGAUGCCGACUUCAACAGGGCCAUGCACGGCACCUCUGCCCAGGCCCGAGGUGGUGUUGCUGCCAUGUUCCGAAAGGGUGGUUCUGCUAAGCAGGCUGCUGUCGACGAGUACUUCAAGCACUGGGACAAUAAGCGCGCUGAGGACGAGACUCCUGAGGAGCGAGCUGCCCGUACUGCCGAAUACGCCACUUUGACUCGACACUACUACAACCUUGCUACCGAUCUCUACGAGUAUGGCUGGGGCCAGUCUUUCCACUUCUGCCGAUUCUCCCAGGGCGAGCCCUUUUACCAGGCCAUUGCCCGCCAUGAGCACUACCUUGCUCACCAGAUUGGCAUCAAGGAGGGCAUGAAGGUUCUCGACGUCGGUUGCGGUGUUGGUGGUCCCGCCCGCGAGAUCGCCAAGUUCACUGGCGCCCACAUCACCGGUCUGAACAACAACGACUACCAGAUUGAGCGUGCUACCCACUACGCUUUCAAGGAGGGUCUGUCAGACCAGCUCAAAUUUGUCAAGGGUGACUUUAUGCAAAUGUCCUUCCCUGACAACAGCUUCGAUGCCGUUUACGCUAUUGAGGCUACUUGCCACGCCCCUACUCUCAAGGGCAUCUACAGCGAGAUCUUCCGAGUUCUCAAGCCCGGUGGUGUCUUCGGUGUGUACGAGUGGCUCAUGACCGACGAGUACGACAACGAUAACCUCCGCCACCGUGAGAUUCGAUUGGGUAUCGAGCAGGGCGAUGGUAUCUCCAACAUGUGCAAGGUCUCUGAGGGCCUUGACGCCAUCAAGGACUCUGGUUUCGAGAUGCUUCACCACGAGGAUCUUGCCAUGCGCCCUGAUGCUCUCCCCUGGUACUGGCCCCUCGCCGGUGAGCUCCGCUACAUUCAGUCCGUUGGUGACAUCUUCACCAUCGUACGCAUGACCACCUGGGGACGAACCAUUGCCCACGGUCUGGCAGGUCUUCUUGAGACAUUCAAGCUUGCUCCUGCUGGAACCAAGAAGACUGCUGACAGUCUGGCUCUCGCUGCCGACUGCUUGGUCGCCGGUGGUCGGGAUCACCUCUUCACCCCCAUGUAUCUCAUGGUGGCUCGCAAGCCUUCUGCGUAA